UUCUUAUCGAUUAAUAUUUAACAGCAAUAUUUAAAAAAAAACUGCAUCAUGCCCAGUAGCACAUCUUUGCUGGAGGCCGACGAGGGAGAGUCCGAGGUCCCUCCGCCGCUAGUGCACGCUUUCGCCGGUAUGGGCCUUGAGGAGCACCACGGCACCCAGAGCCAGACAUCCGAACAACACGAUGAGCAUCUCUCAUUCCACCAUCACCAACAGCUACCCCCCGUUUCUCAUUUCAACCUCCUCGGUACCGUCCUGGACUUGAAGCCCCUGCCUCUGCAUCGGCCGCCCUCGGGAGAUGAAGUCAACAUUACGGCAGCGCCCGAGGACGAGGAGCUGGAAGUUGUAGCCUCCGCCGACUCGGGCUGUACCGCUGGCUCGUUUCUAGGGCAGGCCCACCGCCCCCAACAUCUCCCAGCGGGGCCGGGUGGCUCCAUAUUACCGUCCGGGAUGGAGCCGCAGCACGUCGAGACGGUCUUGUUGUACAACGGAGACGAGCGGGAUGAUAACGGGGUCGGCGGCAGCGCCCUGCCACCGGCUAGCAGCAUGGCGAUGCUACAGUAUGGAGAGACGGGCUACGAGGCCGAGCCUUCGCUGUUGGCGCGGCGAAAGAGCGUCAACACGACCGAGUGUGUUGCCGUGCCGAGCUCCGAGCAUGUUGCAGAGAUCGUGGGGAGGCAAGGCUGUAAGAUUAAGGCACUCCGAGCCAAGACCAACACCUACAUUAAGACACCAGUGAGAGGAGAGCAGCCUGUCUUUGUUGUGACGGGGCGCAAAGAAGAUGUGGCCAUGGCCAAGAGGGAGAUCCUGUCUGCCGCCGAGCAUUUUUCCCUCAUCAGAGCCUCUCGAAACAAGACGGGCCCUCUGUCUGCUGUAACUGGUCCAGGGACCCCUUCUCUUCCUGGACAGACAACCAUUCAGGUGCGGGUACCAUAUCGUGUUGUAGGACUGGUCGUGGGUCCCAAAGGAGCAACCAUCAAACGUAUUCAGCAGCAGACCCACACCUAUAUUGUGACACCUAGCCGUGACAAAGAGCCUGUGUUCGAAGUCACUGGGAUGCCGGAGAACGUGGACCGGGCGAGGGAUGAGAUAGAGGCACAUAUCGCCCUCCGCACCGGAACCUGUGGUGGCAUCGAAGCUCCUGGUGUGGACAACAAUGACUUUCAAUUCAACGGGACAGACGUCAGCUUCGAGAGCUCUGCCACACUCACUGGGCUGGGGGAUGCUGGUUGGCUGCACACUAGUGCAUCAUCACCAGGCGGUGCUGGUAGUGGUCUGAUGCCACUGAGCAUCAACGGUACUCCACGAAUCAAUAGCAAUAUUAACAGUGGCGUCAGAAUGUCUUCCACAUACCGCAACGACAGCUCCAGCUCCCUGGGCAGCGGCUCCAGCUCAGCUGAUUCUUUCUAUGGCAGCGGGAAUGCUAACCGGAUGGCAGAUUUCAGCCCCACUUGUCCAUUCAAUGCCAAUGCUAACAACAACAACAGCAACGGCAGUGCCAGUUUCUGGUUUGGUGAGAGUCUCCUUCCUGUGGGGUCCGAGGAGCUCGUCAGCCUGGGAAGUGGAGGCUCCUCCUCAGGAUUCGACCCAUUAACCAUCUCCACUGCUCAGGCCUCGCACCCUGCAACACAGCCACAAAUUUGGAGCCCCUUUGUGGACCAACAACCCCUUCAGGCCUUUGAUGCUCGUCAGUCUCAGACCAGUCAGCCUGGGACCCCCCGACUCUCUCCAACCUUCUCUGGGACAGAAGCCUUGGAGCACCCUCAGGCCCAGCGUGUUCACCGGGGAGCUUUCGGCUUGGCAGGGACCCUCGAUGCCCACAGGUUCCCCUCCUACAGCUCCGCCUUCUCGUCUUCGAGUGAAAGCACCGCCUCCUCCUCCUCUCCUCCUGAAUCCUCUCUCUCCUAUCGAGUGGGGCUGGGAUCUGCAGGGAGAGGCCAGGAUGUGUGUAUCCACUGCAUGGAUAACCAAGUGGUCGCCGCCCUGGUUCCUUGCGGCCAUAACCUUUUCUGUCUUGAUUGUGCCACCCACAUAUGCCAGGGUCCAGACGCUGUUUGCCCUGUGUGCCUGUCUCCGGUCACACAGGCCAUCCAGCUUCGCAACAUGUGAGUUUGAUUUAUUUAAAGCCGAUGGCUGAUGUGGGAUCAGCCACCCAAACACUUCCAACUUUUGAGGGUUGAUUACAAAACUGCCCCCAAACAUUUUCUAGUUUUGUCCCUGCCCCAGUUUUAUCCAAGCGAUUGUUUGGUUGACAAAGGUGGGAAAGAAAUAAGGAAUAAUGUGUAUUUAGGGCAUGGGUUAGGGUCUUCAGCCCAUUCGUGUGCCUGUUAUUGUGAAGUCUUCUUCCUUGGUUGAUUGAUUGAUCAGUGGGAGGGUUAGAAACCCUCUGUGUAGCAUUGGGAGGGGGGGGUUAUAAAUAUAUUUUUUGCUCAUCGUGAUAUUUGAUUUACAUUUUUUGCUCCCAAAAACUUGUAGUAAUAAGUUUUACCUACCUAUAUUUUAUUAAGAUUUUAAUGUACUUUGAAUUCUAUUAGAUACAUUAUGUUUGUGACAGUUAUUUCUUUUUGCAUCUCAAAAGUUUUUAUCCAUUUUUAUUUUUGCUGCUAGAGUUCUUUUUUUAUGUGCUGAAACACGGCCCAGCCCUUUGCCUCUUGAUUCUUGUGCUCACUGAAACUUUGAGGACGAGAUGAGCAUGUUUACAUAUAACGAGUCCCUUAUGAAUAUGUACAAAUGAAUGGUAUUAAGAAUUUGAAUGCGUACUCGAGUUAACUGGAUAUAACUUACACAUACGACAUUAUCUGGCUUCUAUCUCGGAUAAUUUGUGUAAAUAUUAUCAGGCUAGCAAAGUGUAUCUGUGCUACUUUUAGACAGGAUCUGAUGUUUACAUGCUCCAGAUCAUUAAUCCGAAUUUUUGUGCAUCAGUGGUGUUAACAAAAUGCUGAUGUCCAUGCUAACACACCAACAGAGGGUCAAACUGCACAGUUGUGACACUCCAAAGGCAACCUCUUGUUGCCUCUGGUUUCUUUUUCAUUCCCAUAAAAGAAACUGGACUGUAACUCCUCUUUGUAAAGAAUCAGGAUGUUACUCUACUUCAGUAUCGCCACGUUGCUUUUCCAUUUCUACUUAAAAUAAGUGUUUACGGUAAACUUGUGCCUAAUUCUGUUCUGAGUAAACAAAAAGAAAGAACUGGAUCGGCUGACUCACAGUGUUGCUCUGUCUUAAGACAAACUUGUGGCCUUUCUGAAAGCCUAUAAUUAACCAACAACACGAUAUACAAAUCCAGAUUUCAGCUCUAAAGCAAACUAGCUGACAGACCGGGGUCUUAAUGUAUUCGUCGAUGAGUCUUUUAAAGGCAUCUCAGUGAAUCAAAGGUGAUAUCACAGAGAUGUUUGCUUACUUUUUUGUUGAGUCAAGUAUUUACCACCUUUUGCUUUAUCUUAAAAGCACCAAACACUUCCAUUUGGUUAAUUUCUAUUGUGAUAUUCUCCCCCUUUCUUACUUUUACCCUGUAUUUAUCCAAAUUUUACAAUCUUUAGGAAACACUGUGAUGGUUUUUCAUCACAGCUCCUACAUUUGGAUACAUUCCUCCUCCACUUAAUUUGCAAACACUUUGGUAGAUGCUACAGCUAAAGAAGUCAUCCCUAAUCCUGGAGCCAAAGGAGCUGAUAUCCAUACUAUGAAAGACCUAGAACAAAAAGCCGUACCGAACAGACGGCCUGCUUACUUUUCAGUCAUCUCAAUCGUAUCUUUUUAUUUCACUUGAAUGUUCUUUAACUUCUCCACCCUGUGGCCACCAUAUCAAAGCCAUUUAUUUGUCUCUUCUUGGGAUAAAUUAAGCAGAUUAACUCCAUUAUUUAACCCACGUCUCGUCUACCAGGCCUAUGCAAAAAUGGUCUCAGUAUGUUAACAACUCUAGGAAGUGAUAGGUAAUGUAAACUCCUUGGGUUUUAAUUACAGAGCUCUAACAAUAGUGGUCUUAAAAUUGAGGGCAGACUUAUCCUUCUGUUUUUUCUACUAUAUUUCAGUCUUUAUUAACUGCUUUAAUGCACCAAUAAGAAGUUUGAAUGGUACACACUUUGCUUGUCAGCUGAACUUGCUUGUAUCCUGAUUUUUUUUCUUCAUCUUAGCACAUCUUAGUACUCAAUAGAACUCCAAAAGAUUGAAAACGUUCCCUCCCUCUGUCCGUUUCUCUGCCUGAAGAGUGAAGCAAAGGGUACAAAUUGGUGGAAAUCAUCUCAAAAUGUUAGCUUUAAACACCAGUGGCUCUGGACUUUGUUUUACAGGAUUAAAUGGGACGUUUUUGAAGGGGAAACGGCUGGUUUGAUUUCAUCUCGGACCGUGCUGACACUACAUAAGAUCAUACUGUUUCUUUACUGUGUGGACAUUGAACCUAGGUCCCCUCUAUCAUUCCAGCUGUAAACAGUAUUUGGGAGUUUUUCUUAUCGCUUAGCUUAGUUUCCGGAUUUUAUCGUUUGAGUUUUCUGAAGGAGACGGAACCAAACGAGUCUCAGAAGUGCAAAAAAACCCACACAUCUGCUUUUGCCCUCUCUGGUCUUUUCUCCGUCCUUUUUUUUUUUUUUUUUCUUUUUUCUUUUUUUUUACUUCUUAGCUCAAAGGUCGAUCUCUCUUUGCUCUCUUUUCAAGGAAAUGCAAUACGCUGUCGACUCUCACUUUAUUGACAUGAAUCUAUUGACAUUUUGUGUAUGUAUUAUUACUGUUAAUGACUGAUGAAUAUACAGAACUUAUUUUUAUUUUGUUACAUUUCAUAUAUAUACAUAAAUAUAUAUCUAUAUUAAGAUGUUUACAAUAAGAUUUCUAAUUUUUUUUUACUUUUCUCUGAGUGAAUGAAGAGUUGGAAACGCAGAGAUGUUGCAGGAGGUUGUCAGUGCUAUCUGCUUGUAGUCUAGUUCUAUUAGUUUACAGUAUUGAUGAUAAUAGUAUUGAUAGCUGCCGUUAAAUCUAGUGGAAAUGGAAUGUGCAUCACGAGCAUGUCUUCAUAAUGUAAACGCCAAUGUAAAACAUCACACUGCAACUGUAAAAAGGCCAAGGAUUCAAGCUGCCUGUCAUGUCUGUACGCCACCAAAUUAAGAACGGUAUACUGUAAAAUGUAUCUUAGAUGAUCUAUAUAUAAAUUCAUAUAUUGUUAAGCUGUACCAACAGUUCAAAGUAUUUGCUAAUUUUACUACAGUUUUGUUAUGUAUAUGUAGGGGGAGUCUUAUGGCAUAUAAAUUCUUCAAAUUGAGUCAGGAGUUUAAAAGCAGACUAUAUUUUAUAACGGCCUUUUAAGUUAUUGCGGCCAAAGCACUGAUAUUAUAUAUUUGCUGUAAAGAGAAUUUAAGAGUUUUAUUUUUCUGAUAUUAAAGUUACUUAAUAAAGACGGUUUCAUUUAAAGCCA